UCCUGCCCCGGGGCCGCUGCUCCUCCCUCGCUGCCGGCACCGAGCGCGGGAGGCUCGGGAGCGGCUCCGGGAGCGGCCCCGGCACAGGCGGCCCGGCCCGGCCGGGCGGGGGCGAUUCGGGGCCGCCCCAGAACGGCCCGAGCGAACGGAGAGCGGAACAGAGAGCGGUCCCAGCUCCCGGAGCUCCGCUCCCAGCUCCCCGAGCUCCGCUCCCAGCUCCCGGAGCUCCGCUCCCAGCUCCCGGAGCUCCCGGGCUGCGCUGAGGGCGCGGGAUGUCCCGCACUGACUGUCCAGAUGUGCCGCCCUGGCAGGCGCUGCCCGGACACGGCGGGGACGGAUCGGCGCUAUGGAACGGGCUUUGAAGAACUGAUGGAGUAAGACAGAAGAUCCCCAGGAAGAGGAUGGACAUUGGUGCCAGGCAGCUCAAACAAGGCUUUUAGCAGUCCAGGAACACCACAGAGACAAUGAGAGUUCGCCUCAAAGGGGAUGUGAUCUGCACCCUCCUCCUGCUGGUAGCACUUUGCUCUUUACUCUACUCCCAGCUGGAAUAUUUAGUCCGGGCAGGAAACAAGGAGCCAACACAGAAGAAGCCUCCAGCAACCCCAAAAGUAUCCUCAGAUCCCCGAGCACCUCAGAGACUGAUGCCAGCAGAGGCAACAGCACCCAGACCCCAAGUUACCCCUGUCAUUAGACGAGCAGAAGUGGCCAAGAACAGGGUCCAAGCUACAACUCCCCCCCCGCCGACUGAUUCUGCCUUCAACUUCCAGCACUAUCUCCUCAACAAGGACAAGAGGAACUUCAACCUCCUCAUCAACCAGCCCAGGAAAUGCCGGAAAACACCUGGGGGGCCUUUCCUGCUCAUUGCCAUCAAAUCGGUGGUUGAAGACUUUGACAGGCGCGAGAUCGUCCGGAAAACUUGGGGCAGGGAGGGUUUGGUGAACGGGGAGCAGAUCCAGCGAGUGUUCCUCCUGGGAACACCAAAGAACAGGACAGUGCUGGCCACGUGGGAGACCCUGAUCCACCAGGAGAGUCAGACAUACCGGGACAUUCUGCUCUGGGACUUCAUGGACACUUUCUUCAACCUGACCCUGAAGGAGAUCCACUUCCUGAGCUGGGCUGCCGAGUUCUGCCACGACGUCAAAUUCAUUUUUAAAGGUGACGCCGACGUUUUUGUCAACAUUGAGAACAUCGUUGAUUUCCUCAAGAGACACGACCCCACUGAGGACCUCUUUGUUGGGGACAUCAUCUACAACGCCCGUCCCAUCCGCGUCCAGAAGAGCAAAUACUACAUCCCAGAGACCAUGUACGGGCUCAGCAUCUACCCGGCCUACGCGGGGGGAGGAGGGUUCCUGCUCUCCAGCCGCACCAUGAGGAGGCUCUCGAGGGCCUGCAGGGAGGUGGAACUCUUCCCCAUCGACGACGUCUUCUUGGGCAUGUGCUUACAGAGAAUCAACCUCAAGCCCAUUUUGCAUGAAGGAUUCAAGACCUUUGGCAUCGUCAAGCCUUCUGCUGCCCCACACCUGCAGACCUUCGACCCCUGUUUUUACAAGGACCUCAUGGUAGUUCACAGUCUGAAAGUCGCCGAGGUCUGGCUGAUGUGGAACCUGCUCCACAGCCCACGUCUCUCCUGCACUCAGAAGAAGCAAGUGAAAAAGCCUUUCCAGUGGAAAAAGAAAGCUCAAACUACAGCACAAACAUCACCCCUGAGAUGAUGCAGGCAGACUGCAGCACAAACACGCAGCAAACCAGCUGAGAAAGGGAACCUGGAGCUGGUGCAGCCCGACAAACCAACUGCACAAGUAUUUUAGCACAUCUUAUUGUUAAGAGAACACAGCAAACAACUGCAGGAAUUUGCCCAAAUUCCACAUUUGCACAUACAUGUCAUGUGGGUCCUCCUCUAUUAAUGAGUCCAAAUAAUCAUAGCAAUAUAUGUAAUUUAUUAUUAUUUAUUAGGAUUAUACUAGUGCUUAGCAGGACACUGUGUAAAAGGACAUUGAAAAAUGCAGUCCUUGGAGGUUUUUCAGCAUUGUUAGAAACGUGAGAAAUGAAAGAAGAUACAAGGUAAGAGCACAGACACCAGGGAGCACAGGGAUCAUUGUCAGCUUGCUACUUGACUUGGACUCAUUGACAAACGACCACACAGUAAUGAGGGCAAAGGAAAUCAGGUCACCUCAGCGUGGGCUCAGCUGGAAUCACUGCUGCCUGGCUGCUUUUCUGGAGGCCUUGGGAGAACAACUGGGAGCUGCUGAAAUGGGGCCUGUAUGGUGCAGACUGGCUGGAUUACAAGGAAUCAAACUGGGUGCUGAGGCUGGCUGAGCACAGGACAGGUACACAGAUAACUGGGAAGGAACAGACUUCCAAAGGGCCUCUAAAGAAGGACAAGAACUUUGAGCUGAUCCCUCUAAGCCUUGAUCUUCUGUUACUCCCAGCACUCCUCUGCUCAAAUACCUGCUCCACUGACACACUCAGCACUCAGAGGGCCAGUUUUUGACACUUCCCUGAGCUCAGGCUCUCUGCACUGUGCUGACUGACAUUCAGUGAAAACUCAAAAGUCAUCCAGCAGUUUUUGAUUGCUCUCACCAGCUGAUCCACAUCUUCAGAAGGUUUGACUCCAGAGAUCCUCUGGCCUUUGCUUUUAAGGGUAAAACCACACAGAGCUGCUGCUUGCGUCACAUCUGGGAGCUGCUUCAGACCAAAGAACAACUUGUCAAUGGACUGGGCUGCUUUCUCUAGACCUCUUGCUUGGCACACAGGCAGCUGCAAAGAGCAGCCAAGACUUUUCAUGCUGCUGUGGGAGUCGUGAAGGGGAAAAGUACUUUUCAGACCAAAGGGCUUCAGAAUAAAAGCCCGUCUAAAUUUACUGCAAGAAAUCAAACCCACAGAGCAAUCUUUCUGCUGGGAUUUCCAAGGUCCAGUCAGUAACUUCUUAACUAUUUUAAGCAUCAGGCAAGAACACUGGAUUACAUGCUUUUUCAAAGAAUAGUGAAUACUUUGCAUUUUGUUUUUUCCAACAGUAGACUACCUUAAAAGAAUAUCCUUUCUUUAGACAUCAGAGCAGAAGUAAAUUCCUCUAAAUCAGGGUUAAAAAGCUACUAAAUUCAUGGGGCAAAGAGCCUGAAUUAACCUUUGAUACUGUGUUUGUUAGUUCUUUUGCAGUUUUUUCCCUUUAAAAAAAAACAACUCCUAUCCAUCAGAGAAGCCCCAGUGCCACAUGAACACAGCUUCAGAGGAAAUUACUAUCAGUCAUAAACAUCCAGGAAGCUGCUGUCCCUUGAACAGAGCCUGCAGCAGCUGCAUUCCAUCCCUGUGUAGAACCUUCCUCCCCCCAGGCAGCAGUUCAGGCUCAGUGCUUGUCCCAGCUGUGCACACCACGGAGCACUGGGACACUGCUGGUACCCACUGGGACAUUAUUAGCAACAGUCUCACAUUUUCUUCAUCUUCACCAUGAAUUUAAGCCUUACAGUAAUGUAUUUCCAAGGAGAGGUCAGCUGUAUAGGAAUCAAAAGAUUCCUACAUUUGAGAUCUUUUCAAGAUGUGAUCCUGAAACACAAAAUGCUCAUGUGAGCUGCACAAGGAGCUCUGCAGGGAGUGGAACUAAGCCAGAGCCUUGCUGGUGGGAGAAAGUCACCCUUGCCCCUGUCUGCUACCACGUGUGAUACUUGUGUAUUUGUGAGCUUGUACAAGAAUGUAUUACCUGUGAUUAGUUUACAGUUUUGGAGGUUAUUUAUACCAUAAUUAAAAGACAGCAUGCAGACAUGCCUCUGGAUGUUGGAGUGAGUCUGUCAAGAACACCUGCACACACGUUGUAAGACUGAUACCACAGGGAUUCUUCAGGAAGACAUUAACAUGAAAAAUACAUUAUUCAUUAUUUCGGAUAACUUGGUCUUUCCUUGUGCUGGACUUGAUUUAAUGGCAAUGACAGAAAAAUAAACAUGGCUUACCUUCCCAUUUCCCACAGGGCAGCUGUUCAGGUUCAGCAGUCCUUAGUAAGGUCUUCCUUUUAAGCCUGGAGAUGCACAGAUUGGCUCCUCCCUCUAUACUGUCUUCAGAUCUGCAAUCUACCACAACACAGCAAUAAUGAGUGCAUUUUGUCCCAGAUCAAAGUUGCUGCCCAACAUCUGUGUUGACACAGUCUGUGCCAGCACAUACCCUGAGAGCUGGCAGAGCCCAGACCAGAGCAAACUGUUUACUCCACUGUCUCAGGCUGGGGAACAGCUCAUUUCUUUUAUCCAGUGAUUACUAAAUCGAGUCUCUGUUAAGGAAAGAUACAUCUGCUUUUGUUCCCCAGCCUCUGCUGCAUGGCCUGUUUGACCUGGCUUCAAGUUCCCAUUUGCUUCUGCAGUUGAGCAGGAAGUUCCCAGCCCUGUGUGUGAGCUCUGGGGAUGCUGGAGAACAGGGCUCAGCCCCUGCAGUUCAUGACAUUCUACUUACUGCUGCAGCAGGCAAAAAAUCUUGGACUUCACACAAGCUGGAGAUUGUUUCCUAGAAGAUGAGGGUCUUUUCAGAAAAUCCUGUGUGCAUGAGAGCUGGCAGGAAGGACCCUCUACUGACUUCUCUGAUGCACCUCAGAAAAACAAAACCAUCCAUUUCAGAGUGACAUUCUGAGUAGCUUUAAUUAACUGGCUAAUUCAACACACCAGUCAUGUCUGCUAAAAAGCCUUGCUUGGCAAUUUUUUUUCACGACUAACCCAUGAUGAGAAAACAUAAAAACAUCCCAAGUGGGUUCCACCAGUAGCAAGAAAAAGCAAAGCAGACUUUCUCAGGACAGGCAUAGACUUCUGAAAUUAAUAAAGUACAGUAGGUUUUAUUGAAUCCCAGGGAUCCACACAGAGUCAUGUUUUAUUCCUACUGUACAUAAGUAGCCAGAUUUGGUCACUCUGACGAGCAGAGCUGGCUUGAACCUCACAUUCAACACCUCCGAGUGCGUCUCUGGACACGGGAACUGGCAGUGAGUGCCAAGAUCCGUCAGUCAGUCAAGCCACUGCAGGCUCAGCACCAUCAAACAGAAAGCCAAAGAUGGCUUGAGCAAUGGAGUGGUAAAAUCUUGUUCUUCCUGUCUGCAGUUUAAUUAUUCAUCUCUCUGCAGCAGGUUCUCGGAAGCAAAGCCCAACUGCAAAUUCAAACAGUACAAAAUAAUCAAACAGCUCCGAGAGCCCUCACUGAAUGUUAGCACGGGGAACAUUCCCUGGAGAGUGCUGGAAGACCAUCAGAUCAGAGAGAAAGAGUCCAGCCCAGAGCCCAGCCUGAAGAACUGCCAGUCUCCUGGGCUGCACCUCUUCCAGCUGGAGCUGCAGGUCUCAGCAGCCCAGAAAAUGUCCACAUUUCUUAACGAUGCCACUGACUCCAUGGACAGUGUUAAAAACCAGUAGAACUUUUAAAUACAACUUGUCACUACUUUCCAGGCUUAUGGUCAGUAAGAAAACCAUAGUGAGACAUGAGAGGGGAAAGUAAACCCCAAAGAAGCACAUCUGAGUCUCUCCGAGAGUGGGAAACAGCUCCCCCACCAUUCCUGACCAGCCCAAUGCUCCCUCCAAUCCAUCCAAACCCAGCUCACGGAUCUUCUCUCUCUCUCUCUCCCUCACUUUCCCAGCCCAUCUGUUGAGAAGCCCUGUGCUAAAAACAGGGGAAAAGUACAAAAUAACACAGGUCUGCAGUGACAGCCUUGUCCCAGGGGCUGACUGAGCUGAGUGGGAAUCAAGGCAUGAUAUUAAAACAAAUGGUGUCUGUAGCCAUGGGAGCAGAAGAAAGGGGUGAAAUGACCUCCACAGCCUCUAUACUUGUGGGUGCAACAGAGCUACCAGUGAGGGGUGGGGUGAACUCGGGAUUUCAGGGCUGCAGUUCUAGGAGAGACGAGCAGAGGUGAAAAUACAGUGAAUCAGAGUGUUUUGAUUAUUUAGUUGAUUAGACUGCACAUUGCAUAAUCAUGCAGGGGUUUUUGUGAUUGGUAUUUACACUAAAUGUCUCUCUGAAGGAUAAUAAUACUGGCAUGAAACUUAUGCACUCAGUGGAAUAUCUAGUGUAGGUGUGAAACAUUAAGGCAUUUAACACCAGCUUCCAGAAUUGCAAUAUGCAGUACUUUAAAAUAACUGAAGGAGUAACAUUUAAAGGGGAAUUCAUUAGUGUAUCAAAGAGAAAAGAUUACAUGAAAUCAUUACAACCAGUCCAGAACAAAAGUUACUGUUACAAUGCUGUCUUACACCACAGUGAGUGACCUGCUCUGCAAACUCCAGCUUACCUUUCCUGCUGUUUCGAGCACUUGGUUUUCCCAGAUUAGGAGAAGGAAUGAUUUUGCCUGCUGGAAAAACAGACAUCCCUGCAAACACCACAAAAGCGCUGGAUGUAAGGUUUGGCAGACAGAACACUUAAACAGUGACUUUACUAUUUACAGCAAAAGUUCACACAGGUAAAGAAUAUAUUUAAGUUGCCCCCGAGCCCCCCAGGUAACACAGCCCAGCAAAACCAAAUCCCUUCGUGGUGCAGUUUUCACUCUGAACUGGUUCCACCAUGGCCCGUGACAAAACCCCCUGAUUCACUAACUCCUACUCACUUCUCCCUGUUUUGCUUCGACCUUCUCUCUGAAACAUCCUGGGCCACUAAAAGAACCUUUACAUGAAAAGAACCAACCAGAACUAACUUGUACUUUAACUCCCCAGGCACACAAAGUGAGGCAUUUACUUGGCUCCAUGUGCUGUGUCAGGUUAUGUGUGACAGAGUCACAGAGGAGGCUUUGCAUUGGUGUACUCACAGUAAAAAAAAAAAAAAAAAAGAAGAAGAAAAAAAAAAGGUGUUCAUUGGGCAAAAGUUGAAAAGGACCACCUGUAACUAGCAUGGAAUAAUGUUUCUUACAGCAUGACACCAAGAAUUAUUCCAAACUCAAAGACUUAUGAAACACAACCAGCCCAUGUGAAAUUGUGCCAAAUCAGACAACUUGGUCCUUGCCCAAACACUCUGAAGCAAGAAAGCACUGAGGGCUUGGGCACAGCACUUCUCUCCAGGAAGAGCCACACUGACUCACACCUGCAGGCUCACUCUCAAUAUACACUUUGAGCCAUCAAACACAAAACCUCACACAAGUCCAACUUGGCAGUGAAGUGACUAACAGGCUCUAACAACAGGUAGAAACCCAUGUGAAGUGGGCAGCAACACCCAGGAUGUCCCUUUGGAAAACACCAGCUGGCCCCUCACCUCCAGCCAGCCCCCAGGAACGAUGAGUCACCAUCUUCUCGGAAUGCUGAGCCCCAGGAAAGAUUGUUUUAAACAGGUUUGAUGGGAGCUCUGGAAUAUGAACCAUCAUGAGCACAUGAAUCAGUUCUCACACACCACCUGAUUACUAUUCCAGCAAAAAAAUCUGUUUAGAAUUACAAGUGUGACAGCUCCCAGCAACAGCAGAUUGGGUUUUCUCUACAGGAACUGCAUUUUGGGGAACAGAGGGUUCUAGUAUUACACAGCAGCACUGAUCUAUGUAGCACUGCCUGUAGUCUUCACAGGAGCCCAGGGACUGCUUGCAGGCCUGAAGAACACAGGAAGAAAUGUCAGCUUCACCUCCAAAAGAAAGGCAGUUUUAUUAGGUGUAAACAAAUGAAAUUCUGUGGAAAAUAGUGCAAUAUUCAAGUUAAGCAGACACACACACAUAAACUCUUCAUUUCUUUACAAAGGAGGAAGGCACACAUCAAAAUAUGCACUGUGUGUUUUAUUAAAAAUGCAAUUGUACUUAACUUUAUAUCAAACAGUUUUAUCAUAUGAAACCAAAACGAUGGACCAAUGCACAUGUUGCCAACAUGCAGGAUCUGUAUCAAACCACACAUAAUUCUGAGAAGGGACAAGGGCACCUGCUGAGAUGGGAUCUGAUGCAGCCCAAACCUCAUUUCCUUGGGAGGGGAAGGUGAUGAUCCCCUGGCAGAGCUGGAGGUGGCACACACUGCACCCUGAGCAGCCCUGUGCACAGAACACCUUCUGGGUCACACAAACUCCCUUGUGCCAGCCCCUCCUCCUUGUCACACUCCCUUCCUCACCUUCUCCCCAGAGUUCCUCUGUUCCCUGCUCCUUGCUCUCUUCUUUCUGGUGCUUCAAAACCACCAUCAGUCCCCUCCACCCAUUCCUAAACUUUUCAUGCCAGCAAGUCCUUAGCUGCUCCUCAGUAGCUUCCCUAAUGCUUUAGCACAGGAAGAGCUUGGCUUUGUUCAGGCCAAAGAGGAGCAAACAUCUCAGAGGAGUGACCUGGGAACAGCUGCAUUCACAAGGGAAGGGUGAGGGAACCCAGAGGAGCUGCUCCAACCUCCCUGGGUGCUCCUUCAGAUCUGCCUCUCCCCAGAGUCAAAGGCUUUGUGCUCAGCCCAGCAGCAGCCAGCAGGCAAAGCUGCCUUUUAUUUUUUUGUCUGUGCAGAGAAAUUUUCAGUAUGAAGGGACUGACCUAGAGAAGAAUCUGGGUUGUCAGGAGAGCACUGUUUUAGUCACUUGGACACACGGGAGCAUUACAAGUGAAGAUGGGAGUCCCAGGAGUUGUUACACACCUUUGGUGCUGCUCCUGCCCUAAGGCUUGGGGUGCAUGUUACAGCAGCAGGCCUGACCUCACUCUUCUGAAGAAUUUCAACUGAAUAUGCUUGAGAGAAGGAUCUUGGCAGCAUCUGCAUAGCCAUUAGUCAAAUAUUCCCAUCAAGGAUUUAUCUCCUCUUGCAGCUUUUGUGGAGCCUUCAUUAGAAAAGGAUUAAUAAAAUUAAUUGAAGUCGGCAUCAGGAUUGCUGUCAUAUUUUAGCAACAAGAAUAAGCACGCCCACCAUCUCAAUUCAGAGAUCACAAAAUCCUGCAGGAGCACACUGAGCCAAGCACUAAGCAAGGUCAUUUUACACUCCAGCACCCAGGGAUGUGCGAGGAGGGCCAAGUGCUGUACCCUGCAUUACACAGCCAGUGUGGAGGAACAGAAACAGGAGUCCCAUUCCUUACGCCCUGUCCUUACACCUGCAGGCUCUGCAGACUCCCCGUGCUCUCCUGGAGCACCUCGGGCAGGAGAACACAGGGUGAGAAUUCCCAUUUGCUGCUGUCACUGCAGGCAUUCCCUCCCUCCCAAUGGGCAACAUUCACACUCCUGGAAACUCCAUCCAUCCCCAUGAUCCCAAGAGCAGACAGGAGCAGAACAACUGCCCUUGUGAGCACGGUGAGAACCCACCGGGCCAUCCCCCAAAGUCACACCGACCUUCCACACCUCAGGCCAACACUUAUAAAACACUUUAAUGGAUCUGCCAGGAAACAGACUGCAAGUUGUUAGUUACUGUUUCUUUGGAGAACACACUGAAUUGGCUAUAGAGGAACAACACUAGUCAGGUACUUCAAAUAUGAUCUCUGAAAGACAGUAAAAUAAAAAGAACUAUUUGAUAAGAAAAAAAAAAAGCAAGAACAUCCAUGAUUUUAUUACAAAAACACCCAGCAACUGUAUUUAACACAAAAACAGUAACUGAGAGUCUCUUUUUAUUUUUUCUUUCAGUGUACAUGCUCAUUAUUAUUCCAUUUAAUUUACAGAAGGGCUAUGUAAAAUGAAAUUAAAAUUAGAGAGGAAACAAAAAGGAAGGUUGAGGCAUAGAAUUUUCUUAGCAAGCAACGAUCACGGGAGACAGCACAGAUUGAACAGGGAUUCAACAGGAGUGACACCUAGGGAUAAAGGUAAACAGUAACUUUUUCCUUAUCCAUUAGAUUUUCCAUGGGGCUUUUUUGUUUGUUUUAGCAAAACAGUUUAGAGUAUCACAGUAUACAGGAAGACUAAAUGGCAAAGAACAUCUCACACACACACACAUUUAUCCCUGCUACUGGUCCAGGAUCCAAAACUUCAGUUAACAUUCGAUUUCCUAUCUCUCAUUCAUUGAUAAACUAUACAGGAUUACACUGUACAUGGAGUUAAAAUUACAAAAAUGUCAUAUUUACAAAAAUCUGUACACACAUAGUAAAACUCACAAAAUUGUCAUCUAUGUAUCACAAGUUGCGACACCAAAAUAUUAAAAAUGGGAUAAAAUUAUACAUUUCUCUU